UAGUCUAUUUCUUAUUACUAAAUCUCUCAACUUUCUACAAGAAAUACAUACCAAAAUGGCCAAGCUUCCACAAGUUGUACUUUUGAAACAAAUUUUGAAAAAGUGUUCUAGUUUGAGCAAGAAGAAUGAAGUCCACUUUCCGAUUGACGUACCAAAAGGACAUUUUGCAGUUUACGUUGGAAAGAAUAGAACACGAUACAUCGUACCUAUUUCUUUCUUGACUAAUCCUGAGUUUCAAUGUCUCCUUCGUUGCGCUGAGGAAGAAUUUGGCUUUAAUCAUGACAUGGGCAUCACAAUUCCUUGUGAAGAAUUCAUUUUCCAAUCACUUACUUCCAUACUGAGUUAGUAAAUUAUUUGGAAACAAGAAAAAGUGUGAAUUGUUAAUUUUGGAGUGA